AUGGCCGAGGGAUGGGCAGCUGUAGGAGGUGAAAGCUUUACUGGUUCUGCCCUUGACCUUCUCCAUGCUCUGGAGGGUCACUUUUGCUGGGCGAACAUGGUCAUGGUUACAUCUGCGAAUGGGAUAAUUAAAGAUAUUCCAUCACAAGAAACCACCCCAGUAUCAACGUUGAAAUUACAGCAGGCGGUCCAGUAUAAAACGGAUAAGAUGUGUGAACUCUGCGAAUGCAUGUGUCUCGUGUUGAAUGACGAUUGCAUGGAAGGCUGUUGCAUGAUAAGUCGACUUUGUGAUAUACUGCGCUGUGAUAUCAAGCCCUGUUGUUGCUGUAAAGGAAAAUGCUGUAAAAGUAAAUGUUGUGAUGAAAAUGAUGAGGAAGAUAAUCCAAGUAAGCAGGAUGAAUAUGAAGAUUUUGUCAUCAGUCAACAACCCUCAAGAGAUUCUGGUAACUGCUGCGACUCCUGUGAAGACAGCGAACAGACAAAUGACCAACAAGUUAACGUCGUGUCUAGCCAGCCGACGAAUAACUUUACGUGAUGCGUUAUCUUCUUUCCUCGCUAUUCUCGUUUAUUGUAAAUCAUUUUUGUUCCUCGUCCUAUAAAGUCAUCAGUAACAGUAUUUAAAUAAUCAUUUUAUACUAAAUAGGUAAUAUUUGUCGUUUUUGUUAUUUUUAUUUAUAUAUAUUAAGAACAAAUCUUU